CAACCUUCUUAUCGUGUUUACUCGACUGGUCGAAAAAUUCAUUAUUCAGCCAAACCACACCUUGCCAAAUAUCGGAUUUUUUUUAGCCAAAACUUUUCAAAUAUUAGCGAAUAGCAAUUUCCAACGCAGUAAUUGCGGAGAGUUGAGUGUGUAGUGCAUGAGUUGCACGUCUCGUGGGUUCGAGUGGUGUGAAGGAAUUGGGAGCGAGAGAGAAAGUUGUUCUCCCCAAAAGCAUAAUAAAAUCAAUAAAAACAGCAAAACAUUAAAUAAAGUGAGGAGAACGACUUAAUAAUUUGUAAAUAAAUAAAACAAUUAAAAAAGUGCUCCAUUUUAUAACGACCUUGAGGCUUUUUUUGUAGCAAAGAAUGUAAAUUGAAAGCCAGACACCAGACGAGAGACGAGACCUAGUAGUAACUAAACAAUAUCUAACGGCUGACUUUAAAAUGGAUUGUUUAUUUUGACGUAAAAUUAACAAUAAUAACAAUUAGCAGCAAAUAUUUAAUUAUUCUAAAUCAUUAAUACAAGCUGCGCAUUGAGUUUGUCCCCCUUCUUCGUCCGGUUAAGUAAGUGUGUUGCUGUGCAAAGUUGACAAUUACAAGUCUGAUAAUUACCGAUGGAGUUGACGAAAUCGAACGGAGAAAGUGGGGGGAUGACGUCCUCGUCGUCGAGGAGUGACCACAGUCUCCUCCCUCUACAUAAGGCAGCCUUCGAAGGGAAUGUUCGAGAGUUGGCAGCAUUUUUGCGACAGGGGGACGACGUCGCACAGAAAGAUAAGCACGGUAACACUGCCCUCCACAUAGCAGUAAUGCUGGGACACAAAGAAUGCGUCCAAAUUUUGCUGGCCCACGGCGCACCGGUCAAGGCUAAAAAUUUGAAAGGAUGGAGCACGCUAGCGGAAUCUAUUAGUUAUGGAGAUCGCCCUACCAUUAUUUCCCUAUUCCGAAAAUCUAAACAACAGAUCCGAGAACAAAUGUCAUCUCGUCGUCCCCAUUUGAUCAAAGCACUCGAGCGUAUUCAAGAUUUUUAUAUGGAGUUGAAGUGGGAUUUUCAGAGUUGGGUGCCUUUAGUCUCGCGAAUUUUGCCAUCUGACAUCUGUAAAAUAUAUAAGCGAGGGUCUUCAAUAAGGUUGGAUACAACGUUACUAGAUUUCAACGACAUGAAGUGGGAACGAGGUGAUAUCUCUUUCGUAUUUAAUGGUAAUCAUGUCCAUCACAAAAUUGGAGGUGGAAACAACAACUAUUCGCCUUUAGUGGUGAUGGACAAUAAGUUGAAAGUGUUCCAAUUGAUGACCAACAAGGAAUCAGAAAUGGAAUUUGACGACGAAAUCGAUCUCCUCAUGUCCAGUGACAUAAUCGUUGCUCAGUUAGUAACGAAAGAAGUUCAGUUUGCAAGAAGUCAAUCGGGAUGGAUUUUUCGGGAAGAUAAAUGGGAAAUGGUCGGACCAUUCAAGUCCGAAGUAUACGGAGUAUCUGGCAUUAGUCUGGACACGAGGAAGCGUAGAGAGCAUUUAUCGGAAGAAGACCUCCAAAAAAAUAAGGAAUUGAAUAUUGAAAGCUUGACAAAAUCUAGUCCGAGCAAUUUCGAACUGAGUAGUGACGACUACAAUAGAAGAGAAUCGUUGCCGCCCCCUCCACGACCUGAAAUUACCUGGGACGAAUAUAUUCUUGCUGAGCCUGGUAGUCCCCCCCAUUUGGGACGGCCGCAGAUGUGCAAAACCUCAUCGAAAGCGUUCAAAGCAACCAUGGCCAUGAGUGAAGAUUUUCCUAUGACUGUUGAGAUGUUGCUAAACAUAUUGGAAAUCGUGACGCCAUUCAAGCACUUGAAAAAAUUGCGUGAAUUUGUUACAAUGAAGUUACCUCCAGGAUUCCCAGUAAAAAUAGAGAUUCCAAUUCUUCCCACCAUUACGGCAAAAAUCACAUUCCAAGAAUUCGAAUUUCGAGAUAAUUUAGCCGAAGAAAAUUUUCAAAUCCCAUCCGAUUAUUGUGAGAAGCGAAAUAGAUUUCCUGAUCUAUAGGUACUCCCUUUCCUUACCGAUCCUUCUGUCUGCCUUCCUUAUGCUUACAACACGUACAUGUUUUACACGCAACUAUCUAAUUAUCUGUAUCCGCAUCCUCAUCAUAAUCGUCCCUUUAUGCCAAAGGAAUAAGAAGAAAUUACGAGAAUAACUUGGAUUGGAUUGUACAACGUGACAAUUUAUUUGAGUUUAAGUUAGUACUAAUUAAUUAAUAUAAUAAAUUUUGGCAAUCAUCAUAAUCAAUCAGCAAGCAGUGGCAUUUUCUGGUUCAUGCUAUGAUUGUCUGUUUAGUGCUUAUUGAAUUGAUGUUUUAAAAAUACCAUCUGCGACAUUCUUCCAGUGGAUGAAUUGUAAAUGACAACUCAAGCGAUUGAGUGAUUCAUGGGUUUCUGGGACAGUGAAUAAUAUUGAGAUUGAGGAUGACGAUGGUUUCAGAAUUUUUUGAUAAUCCUUUUUGUCCUGUACAACAACAAAGAAAUGGGACAGGGUUAGAAAAACAUUGUUCAGUCUUGUUUGUGGGGCUUAUUACAACGCAAUACAUCUGCUGUUGCGCGUUUCAAUUCAGGUCGUUGCUACUUAUGCUACCUCUUGUAUGAUGGUGCUCAAUAAUUAUUGUAUUGUAAAUUUGUCCGCAAAAGGUCCAAGGUUAAUUAAUGCUUGCUUGCUCUCAUUCUUAUUCUGUGUUCGAAAUCGAAAUCCGCUUCAGAUAAAGUCGUAUUAUAAUUAGUAGAAUCAAAUUUGCUCCCACCAGCAGCCGUCCCAUUGUUACUACCAUUAUGUCAGGGUGACUCGUCUUGUGUGUAUUUGGUAAAUCAAACUAGUUACUAAUUUCAUGUUCCGUUUCUUGCCGUAUUAUCAUAAUUUUGAAUUAAUGAAGCAACAAUCUGUCUCGUUUUUAUUUUGCCUAGUUUUAUUAACUUGUCUUGAACUGUAAUACAGUUACUGUAUGCUACAUAAAGUUUAAUGUUUUUGGUGCUCUCUUCGUCCCUUAUCUUUUUGCCGACUUUUGAAUUUAUUACUGUUUCUGUCUGUAUUAAUAUAGUCUUUCACCACUCGGUAAGGAAAGAAAGUUACGACAAAAUCAUGAAUUGCACUAAUCCUAAGACCUUUCUUGUUAUAAUGUUAAAUAAAGCUAGCGAUAAAUUAUUUAUGUUUUAAUAACUUCACGCGUCUACCAAAUCAUCGAAGCAAAUGAUUAUUCAAGCCAAUCAUCAUCAUCAUCAUGAUCAUCACACAUGUAUUGCGAAAACUGUAUUAUUAAUUAGUUCUAGUUAUUGAUCAGCGCAUUAUUUAUCUAAUAUGUAUUAAUAUUAUUAAGUAAAUUAGCAAAUGCAUUUUAGUCUUGACGCAUUUUAUCAUCUAUAAAUUGAAAGUAAAUAUUGUUGUUACCUUAUAUUAUUAUAGAGAUACGAGAAAAAUAGUGAAAAAUAAUGUGAUUCCGCUAUAAAAUAUAGUCAUGGUAUAAAGAAUGACAAUAUAGACGAUAGAGUUAGAAGUACUACAUUCAUAAAUAUGUAGGCAUUGUUGUAUUACGAAGUCCCCUUUAGUAAAUCCAGUCAUUAGAAAAAGUAAUAUACCUAAGCGUGAUAGAUAAGCGAUUCGAAUUUGCAUUUUUUGUAGAUGAUCACACAAAGAGUCAUUAUAGUAUUUAGCAAACUGUUCUGUAAGCGAGUAACCAAACUUUUUUAAGUAGAUGGUACAGUUAGCGUUGCUAGAUACACACAUAUUAUGCAUUAAUUGAUACAUACGUACGCCGGCAAUAACACAGAGUAAUCACACCGUUCAAUUAAUAAAAGUUCCCAUGAGUAAGUUGAAACUGAAAUUUUUAACUAAAAAUCAUGAGAUCCAUGAAAAAGAUGUCCCGAAGGAACUGAUUAAAGCAAUUUAAACCUUGGACAAAUCUUGGGAUGCUUAAUCGAACAAUCAAAUAUCAUGCAAUGUAUUUGGUUCGAAAAUGACCAAUUAAUCAACAUAGUAGUCUCUUAAAUCUGUGCUCGUCAAUAAUUCAUGGCUUGAAGUAUUAAUUAAUUAAGUAAAUAGUAGUUAAGCUGAUACAUAUAGCUCUACUUUAUUAGUUCAAAUACAUACAUAAAUGUGAAACAAAUACCUCCUUGCUCGGUGCAAAUUUAAUAAAAAAAUCCCAAAGUCAU